UUACGGGGCUUGAGCGCGCGAGGCAGCCUGGGAAGACGGGGGUGGGGGGCGGGACUUCCUGUACGGAGGCGAUGACGGGCAGAGGGAAAGAGGAAAAGACGGUUGAGUUUGGGCGCCAAGAUUCCAUUUUGAGUUUAGUAUGUAGUCUGGCUACAAUGAAAGUGGAAAUCAAGUGCUGGCAUGGAGUCGCCUCUUGGCUCUGGGUUGCCAAUGAUGAGAAUUGUGGAAUUUGCCGGAUGGCCUUCAACGGCUGCUGCCCAGACUGUAAGGUGCCUGGAGAUGACUGCCCUCUGGUAUGGGGCCAGUGUUCACACUGUUUUCAUAUGCAUUGCAUUCUGAAGUGGCUCAACUCCCAGCAAGUUCAGCAGCAUUGCCCAAUGUGCCGGCAGGAGUGGAAGUUCAAAGAGUGACCAUGGCAGCAUUUAUUUUUUUUUCUCUUUUUUGGAUUUCAUUGAUUGCUCACUUGUUGGGGACAGAGUUUCUGCCCAAAUUUGGAACACGUACCAUAUUGAAGAUGCCUUCUACCUUCUCAGUGUUAUUGAAAGGAAAACUGAAGGAAGGUAGAAGAAAUAGAACCACUGCUAAACGAUUGACAACUAAUGCUUUCCCCCUUGUGUAAUUAGCACUUCCAUCCUCUGUGGUUCUCUAUGACCUUCUGCAAUAUUGCACCCUCUGAUUUCCAGAUUUGCACUGUGUAUGAUAGUUUGUGGGAAAAGCUAUAGAAGGGGAUAGAUAAUAGUAUUUUUCAAAACCUAGACAUCCCCAGCAAUGCCUGAAAUGUCCUAGGCAUGGUUCCUCAAAGGAGUGUGCCUCAGUUGCACUAAAAGUUAAGAAUCAUUUGAAAGGUAUAUUCUCAUUCAGUCCCCCAACCAUUUGUGUUCUGGGUGAUUGAGGCUAAACCUUCCCCUUCCAUUUCCUGUAUAAUAUGUGAGUGGUAUUCUUGUUAUCUCAAUGCUUUGGUAUGAACCUUUAUUCUUAGAGUCCUGUUGCUGUGUUCUGCUCAGCCAGCAUACAGCCUGUAGGCAACAAUCCUGAAACCCAAUUUGUUGAUUUUAGUGAAAUUUGGGUGUUACAUGGUUUAGCACAGCAACCUUUCAGUGUAAAUGUAUUAGAGAAAUAGCAGGGGGAAGAGGUUGAGGGAGGAGAGAACAACUGCAGGCUUGUGUCUGCAUCUUGUUGCACACUUGGCUAGUUAUACAAUAAUAUGUUUGUUUCACAAAAGCAGUAAUGCCAGAUCGCUCAUAUUGCCAAGCAGUUGCCCACAGUGUAAAUUAGCACAUGGGGAGCUUCCAAUAAAUGAAAUGAUGUGAUUAA